UGCGACUCUGGAGGACCCUUUUGACAAACACCGCAAGACAUAUCAACUGCAGGGUGAUGACUGAUGGAUGAAACAACUUUGGGUGCAGAGGGAGAGCGGUGUCUAUGGGUCAAGGGUCCGCUGUUCCCUGGAAAGAUAUAAAGGUCGAGGUCGGGGUGGAUCGUCUGUCGUCUUCAUCUUGCGACUUUCAUCAACCAUCUACCAUCUGCCAUCUACCAUCUUCCGUCUGCCAUCUUCAUCAACACCGUCAUCACCACGCAAACCGCAAUGUCUCAGAACACCGUCAUCUUGAUCACCGGCGCCAACCGAGGUAUCGGUCUGGAACUCGUCAAGCUCUACGCCUCUGAGCCUCAAUACACCGUCAUCGCCGGUGUCCGGGACGUCACCAAGGCCCGAGAGCUCGAAGAAUGGAACGAGCAGGCCGGAAAGGAGAGCGGAAGAGGGGGGAAGAUUCACUUGGUCAAGAUCGAUGCAGGCGAUCUGGAGGGAAACAAGAAGGCUGCGGCCGAGAUUGAACAGCUUUACGGCAAGGUCGACGUCUUGUGGGCGAACGCUGGUGCCGCUUGCGGAUCGAUCCCCGUCCUCUCGGCUACCAACGCCGAUUACGAAAACCUCUUCCGUACGAACACCCUCGGCCCUAUCGUCCUCUUCCAAGCGUUCUAUGCCCUCUUGCAAAAGUCAGACAAUCCGGUGAAAAAGUUUUUGAUCACCUCGUCCAUCGUCGGCUCGACCGGGUCCCAGCACAUGGUCCCCUUUGCGCUCUCGCCUUACGGGGCUUCGAAAGCGGCCGUCAACCAUGUGGCCGUCAAGCUCGCACAGGAACAUGGGGAGAAGGAUGGGAUCGCCGUAGUCUGUCUUCAUCCUGGUUCGGUCAUGAGCGACCUAGGCAGACAAGGAUGGGUAGACAUGGGUCUCGACCCGGACGGUCCCCUGCCCAUGCCCGUGGCCACCCCGGAGGAAUGCGCGAACUCGUUGAAAGGGGUCGUCGAUGGGGUCACUGUCGAAAAGGAUGGCGGCAAGUUUAUCGCUUAUGAUAGGUCGGUCGUGCCUUGGUAGAACGGGAGACCGCGAGGGAUAGUGAAGGGAGACAUUGGGCGAGACCAGGGUUGCUUGUACUGUGAGGUAGAAGACGGUGAUGACGGUGAAGGGCGAAAUGUGGACCCAAGGUUGAUCGAAGAC